CUUGCCUACGUCAACACGCAGGAGGACGGCUGCUGUUGCUAAGUGACGUCAGCGCGCCUGUUGACGUGGCGGCGGGGCAGGGGGUGGAGGCCUUGUCGUCGUCGGAGCCGGAAAUGGUACAGUUGUUGUUGUGUAGCUGGAUGUUGCUGAAUAGCGUUUCUAUGAGCUUGCUGUUCGAUCCAUCUGUUGUUCAGAAUGGCGAAGAACCCUAAUUUUCAGGAAGUUGGUCAUCUGCCUAUGGGCUACGUCCACUGUAGAUCUUCAGACAGCUUUACUGGCUACCAAUAUCACCAUCCCUCCAAGAUGAGUAACAGCCAUCCACUUCGUCCUUACACAGCUGUGGGUGAGAUUGACCACGUUCACAUUCUGUCAGAGCAUAUCGGUGCUCUAAUGAAUGGGGAAGAAUAUAGUGACGUUACCUUUAUUGUAGAAAAGAAACGUUUUCCGGCACACAGAGUGAUCCUGGCUGCUAGGUGCCAUUAUUUCAGAGCAUUAUUGUAUGGCGGAAUGAGAGAAUCUCAGCCUGAAGCAGAAAUUCCUCUUCAGGACACCACUGCAGAAGCAUUUACCAUGCUGUUGAAAUAUAUUUACACUGGUCGUGCUACACUACGAGAUGAGAAAGAGGAGGUUCUCCUAGACUUCCUAAGCCUAGCACAUAAAUAUGGGUUCCCAGAACUGGAGGAUUCCACGUCUGAGUAUCUUUGCACAAUACUUAAUAUUCAGAAUGUCUGUAUGACAUUUGAUGUUGCCAGUCUUUAUUCCCUUCCCAAAUUAACUUGUAUGUGCUGUAUGUUCAUGGAUAGAAAUGCCCAAGAGGUGCUCUCCAGUGAAGGCUUCCUAUCACUUUCUAAGGCUGCUCUUCUAAGUAUUGUACUGAGGGACUCAUUUGCAGCUCCUGAGAAGGACAUUUUCCAAGCUUUGAUGAAUUGGUGUAAACAUAACCCCAAGGAAAACCAUGCUGAAAUCAUGCAAGCAGUACGUUUGCCACUAAUGAGUCUAACAGAACUACUAAAUGUUGUAAGACCUUCAGGAUUGUUGUCACCUGAUGCCAUCCUAGAUGCCAUUAAGAUUCGUUCCGAGAGUCGGGACAUGGACCUCAACUACAGGGGCAUGUUAAUACCAGGGGAAAAUAUUGCAACAAUGAAGUAUGGAGCGCAGGUUGUAAAAGGAGAGCUGAAGUCUGCUUUGUUAGAUGGGGAUACUCAGAACUAUGACUUGGAUCAUGGCUUCUCUCGACACCCCAUUGAUGAUGACUGCCGUUCUGGAAUUGAAAUUAAACUAGGCCAGCCGUCAAUAGUCAACCACAUACGAAUACUCCUGUGGGACAGAGAUAGUCGGUCUUAUUCCUACUACAUUGAGGUGUCCAUGGAUGAGUUAGACUGGAUUCGGGUUAUCGAUCACUCUAAAUACCUCUGUCGGUCCUGGCAGAACCUGUAUUUUCCUGCCCGUGUCUGCAGGUAUAUUCGAAUUGUUGGGACCCACAACACAGUGAACAAAGUUUUCCAUAUUGUGGCGUUUGAAUGCAUGUUCACAAACAAAACCUUUACUCUUGAGAAAGGCCUGAUAGUUCCCACUGAAAACAUUGCAACAAUUGCAGACUGUGCCAGUGUGAUUGAGGGUGUAAGUCGCAGUCGCAAUGCCUUAUUGAAUGGAGACACAAAAAACUAUGAUUGGGAUUCUGGGUACACAUGCCAUCAGCUUGGGAGUGGAGCUAUUGUAGUACAGCUAGCACAGCCCUACAUGAUUGGAUCAAUACGGUUGCUACUUUGGGACUGUGAUGAUCGGAGCUACAGCUACUACAUUGAGGUUUCAACGAAUCAGCAGCAGUGGACUAUGGUGGCCGAUCGCACAAAAAAUUCCUGCAAAUCCUGGCAAACAAUCACUUUUGAUAAACAGCCUGCAUCUUUUAUCAGAAUAGUUGGAACUCACAACACAGCUAAUGAGGCACUUCAAGAACAAGUAGAAGUAAGGGUGUUUCACUGUGUGCAUUUUGAGUGCCCAGCACAAAACAGUACCCACAAGGAUGAGAGUAGUAAGGAAGUGGCAACAACAGAGGUGGGGACUGGUGGACAACAGCUUGUUUCUCGCCCUGUUCGAGCUGCAAGCACUAAUUCCCUGCAUUCUCCUCCUGGAUCCACCUCGCGUUCACAUGCUCACCAACCGUAAAGGAGAUUGAAAGGGAGCUUUUGUAGCCCUGCUGACAUUAUAUGAAAUUAUUUGGAACCUUCUUGUGCUGGCACCUUUUCUUUCUUUUUCUCUGUGAACAAAGGGGACCAUGUCUGAAAGCUGGAAAUGCUGAAAUGGAAAAGACUUUUCCCAAGGACAUGAAGAGACUGCUUCACUCUCUUCAAUUUGUUCAAAUCAGGCUGGUCUCCGAGAAGGGAGAAAAUAGGUCUUCAAUCUUCAUCAAGUACCCCAUUAACACCCUACCUCUCUAAUCUAACGAUGGCAAGGAGAACAGAAGGAAAUAAAAGGCAGAGCUACAGUGGAAAUCUAAAAUUACUCGGGCAGAAUGGAACACAUAUGAAAUAAGUAUUUGUUCCCUGAAGGCUUCCAUUAGCAAAGAAAAUGUUUAUGGAACACAUCAGUCCAGUAUAUAUGUUAUUUUUUAAAGUUAUUCUUCAUUCAUUUUCCUUUGUAACUAGUAAUCUGUUUUCUAAAUUGUUUUGACUCUGUAUUCCACUUUGUCUCUUAUUUUUGACUGUAGCAAGUGCUGUGCAGUAGAUUAAGGAAGUAUCAAACAUGUUUACCUACUGAGGUGCAAAUUCCCUCAUUCAUCAGUGGAAUGACAAGAAAAACCUUCAUGAUAUCAACAAACUAAUUAGUGGAUGCUAUAUUAAUCUUGACCUUAGUUGACUUUUCAAAGUACAAAAUUUUCAUUUCUUACACUCAAAAAGGAAAUUCCUAAAUCAAGCAUCCAUCUUGAAGAAAAACAUAUUUUUCACUCUUGAAGAUGAUUACUUAAAUUGUACUUGUAUUUGUAAGAAAACUUGCAACAGAUCAUAAAAAAUGUUUGGUUUAGAAAAGUGGAACUGCAUCUGGUCUCUGACAAGCAGUUGUUCAGAAUACAAAAAGAAGAAUUUGCAGAUACUUUUUUUUUUUUUCCCAAGAAAAAAUAUUUUACAGUCUGGACCUAAAAAUUCAAAGGCUCUGUGUGCAUAAACUUUUUUCAUAAUCUUCAUAAAAUAUGAUGCUUUUACACUGUACUGUAAAAGAUCUGGCUAUUACUUUACAAUCACAGAAUUUGUUAUUCAUCUCUGUCUGUCUGGGUUACGUUGCCUGCUACUUUGCUUAUUCUAAGUAUUUCCACACUGAUGAUGAUGCAGUCUCUUACCCUCCUGAUCUGUGUGACUUUUAGGAAGAGCUCCAUGUUGGUAUUUCAGUAUGGGAUAAAGUGAUUUUGUAUUAAGACAAACGCUGAUGUAAUUGGCAAAAUUGAUUAGGAGGGUUGUUACUCCUCACAAAGUAUAUUGUAAUGGAAAUGUCAGCUAUCCAGUUUUAUGAACUUGGAAUUUCCUGUGGUGACAAAUAGCCUUGUCAGAAGAAAAACAAACUAGUGUAGGAUAAAUAGGGUUUUCCUUUGCAUAACCAUAGUGAUAAAAUGAGUUAUAUCAACACAGCAAAUAGUAUGUUCAUUUAUCACACUACUUAAUUUGAAAGAAUUUCCCUGUUGCAUACUGGUUGUGCUAAAAACAGGAAGAAAUAUAACAAGUGGUAGCAAUGAAUCAGUAGAAACUUUGAAGGAGAAAAGCUUCCUUUUUUUUGUUUCAAAUAAAAUUGAUUAGGCUUUAUCAAUAAUAUUAUAAUAUUUUUCAUUGCCAGAUUGCAUUUGAGUUCUGACAUUUACAUACAGCCGUCUCCCUUCCCACUGCUGUCUUCUGACUCAUGAAUGUCUGUCAGUGAAGAUGCAUGCCCAUUGUGUUAUAUAUAGCUUAUAAUAUGUGCCACAGCUGCCUCAGAUGGUCUGGAAUUCUGAGGCAGGAUACUGCUCGUGCUGGCGAGCACCUAGUCUGGGGUGCUGAUUACCUUCUGACUUAGCAGCCUUUGGAGCAUGAAAGAAUUGAGACCAGCUACUGGGGACACAACUCUCUUGUUUAAGUAUAGGUCCAAAAAGUUGGAUUUCUCCCCCCCCCUCCACCUUUGAAAAGUAAAACCAGAAGACUUUUCUAUUCUGGUUGUAAUCCAUGCUGGAACUACUGAGAUACAUGGAGCAUGUCUUGUCUUUGGUAGAGAAGUCCUUCCAUGUCAGUGGUGGUAUUUCUUUGCAGUUUGAUCAAACAAGUUUGCUUUUCUCAAGCUCUGGAUAAGCAAAGGGCAUAACCUCCUAGCUGUUACUCUUUAGUAGUCAGCAUUGUAGAGAAUGUUUAAAAAAAAUUUUUUGCCAGCUGUUAUGAGUCUAGACUCUCAGAGAAAGAAUAGGAUUUUCAGUUUGUAAUCUUUGAUGUGCACAGUUAAUUUUUAUGAUACAAAUAAGUCUUGUAGACUGUAACCUACUGCAAAUCUUUUUGGUUUUGUCCUAUGACUCACUGUUGAACAGAAAUGUCUAUUUAUUUCCCAUGACCUAUGCUCUCUGCCAGGAAUCUGAAUGAACAGAUCUGAGAGAUUCCCAAAGCGAAAACUAUCAGGUCCUAUAGACCCUUCAGUACCCCACCCCCAAAAAUCAAUCAAAAUAAAAAACAACUUUGCAUUGUCCCUUAAUACAGGUGAAUAGAAAUUUUUAGUAUUAGACUGAUUCUCAGUCACACAUGGCCUUUCUCACAGUCUUUAUUUUCUUCUGUUAGAGUUGCUCUUAGAACCUGUCACUGAGGUGAGUCCAGUGUGAUCACAGAGCUUCCUGGCUUUUAAGAUAAGCCCUGCCACAACUUCACAUUUUCUAGUGGGAAUCCUUUACUUUUUUAUACAAAGAAAUAAUGUUGAAAUGUUUAAGGGACCUGAAAUCUGCUUGGUCUUCUAACACUAGCCGCCAACAAACACCCCUAAUAUCUGUAUUGCCUAGUAUAGGUCUCUGUCUUAAACAUUGUGUCAGCAACGUAUUACUGGUGACAAAGGAAGAUACCUCACAGAACUGAUUUGUGGUUUGUUGUGAAUGUUCUCAUUCGUUCUAAUUAUUGUCUGUAUUUAUUGACUCCAAAUUUCAGAUGUAGUUCUUGUAUAUUCUUCUGAAAUCUUAUUUUUCUUUUUUUCUUUUUUCUUUUUUUUUUUUGCCUUUCAGUGGAAGUAAGUUGUGCUGUUAUGGCUUAAUAUCAGGGCUUAUCAGAGUGAUGAAAUACUAUAAUUCUUCAGAACUAUGCUAUCACUUACUCAUAUUUUAUUUGCAACAGGGGUAGAGCAGAACUGACCAGGUUAUUCAUUGCUUACUUGUCAGAAACUAUAAAAUAGACCUGUUGUUAGAUUUCUGCAUAAUGGAACUAACUAUAUUGUCACUAUUGAGCCAUUCUUUUUAUUUAGUACUUUAGUAUCUUUAAAUUCCCCAGGCCUCAUUUUCUCAGGUUUUCUUCCAUAGGCUAAAUUCAGACUUAGGCUCGACUCAUAUGAAGCUCAACAAAGCUCUUUCUAAAGUCUCUUUUAUUUAAUUAACUUAUUACAAGUUCAUUUAAAAGAUUGUUAUUCACAGAAAUGUACAGCCAAAUAUCAACUCCUUAAUUUUCCCAGCUAAAUCAGUUUUAAUUUCUGAAGUGAGUAAAAAUUGUGCAGCUGUUUUCAAGCCAUUGCCAAGCAGCUCUCAAAAACAAGUUCAAAUGGCAUGUUAAAUGGAAUUAAAAUGAGAGAAGUUAAUCCCAGUCUAAUGUAAAAGACAAUACAGAGGAGGAAUCACCAAUUUUGUUGGAGAAUGAACUGUUCUUCAUUGCCGUUUCCUUCCUUUAGAGCUCCAUUUUUUUUUCCCCAUGAAAAUCGGUUUUUCUUGUUUAUUAUGACAACUCAUGAGAGAGCUCAGUACUUCUCAGCAUUGCUGAAAAAUUCAAAUGAACUUAAUGCAUCUUCAUCUUUACUAAUGAUAAUAGAAUUUUCAGUUUAGUUUCUGACUUGAUGAGAGUUGUUUUCCAUGAAAGAAAGCAAAAGAUGUCUAUAAUUGUUCCACUCUGAGUAAAUCAAGUUUUCCAACCAAAUGCAUGCAAGCAUUUACUCAUUAUUCAGCAAUGUUUUUUACAUCUAGAGUCAGUCCGAAAAUUAGAAAACAAAGUUAAUGGCAUUCUUGGCUGAUUGUUGUGUGUUAGUCAUUCUGGUUAUACAGUGAUGCCCGCUCAGAGACACUCAAUAAGGAAUUAGAACUUGGAUGUGAUUUCACAGAAAGUAGGCAUGCUAUACAUUGCAUUUCUCUAUGGAAGUAUUAAUUGGUUUAUAUUUUGACAGGUGUUAAUAUACUGUCAAAUGGACAAGUGAAUGCAUUGGUAAUUUUGUUGUUGUGGCUGGAGUAGUCAGCAAAUAAUCGGAGCCAGUUAAGGGUUAAUGUAUUUAAGAGUAAACGUUUAGGCUUGUAUGUCAUGAUAUCAGUCGCCAGAGGACUAAACCAUGCUUCAGAAAUAAUAAUUUGUAGAUCCCAGAGGAUGUUUGAGGCCUGAUUCCCAUCCCCAUCUUUCAGUUAGUGGUGUAUUUAGGUUAGAAUCCUUAGUUCUCUCUGAACUGAUUGUUGUUGUUAUCACUUUUACUAGUUAACUCAGAUAGAUAGAUAGAUAGAUAGAUAUAUAUAUAUAUAGAAGCUCCACAAAGCUUUGUUCAGGAUAUAAAAAUAAAAGUCCUCCUCCAGUUUUAGGAGUACCUAAAUAUUCAUAUAUAUAUAUAAUGUUAAAUUGAGCUAGUAGCUAAUUUUUUAGCUUAAAUUUAGAACAGGUUCUAAAGCUCCAAAACUAAAAAAAAAAAAAAAUCAUCUGUGCAAGCAGGUGUGAAGUGCUACCAUUGUGGUAUGGCAGGAUGCUGACUCUAUUUUAUGGUUGCUUAAAAAGUGCAAAUGUCUAAACAAGGUAUGGGGGAGCAGGUCCAAAACUGUUUUUUUCCCAGUUGUUAAGUAUUGGCAAUUUGACUGCAGUGAGGUGUAUAAAAUAGAGCAAGUUAAAUGCUCAUCUCAAAGACGAGGGUGCAGUCCAAAGAACAAACCUGUAUUCCUCCUAGCUAUCUUGUAUGCUAUGGCUUGCAGUGUUUACAGAGUGAGUCUUCAUAUGACUUCCGUUAACUGCUCAAAAAAACUGCAGACUUUUCUUUGGCCCAUCACAAGCCUUCAUUGCAAAGCUUUGGCCGAGGUAAUGUCAAAGUCCCACCCAUAUUCCACAACAGAAUCUGGGUCUGUGUUUGAUUUUGAAAAUGCUUACUAGAAAAAUAGCUUUAAAGUCACCCUGCAACUUUUCUUAGGUAAAGAAAGCCCAAAUUAAAAACUGUAGUAUAAUAUGAGGAAACUGCAGGUAUCUGUCAUUUACCAAGAGACUAACUGCUGGUACAGCUACAUACCAGUUUUAUAACACUGUAUGUGUUUAAUUACUAUGGUAUAUACAAAUGGUGGAAGGAAGUGAAGAAUCGGCUCCGCACACUCUUUGCAUUAGAUGACAUCAUCCAACCGGGCAUCAGAGAAUUAUUUCUUUUCCCAUUCCUGCCAGCCUAAUAGAAUAAUACAACUCAGUGUUCUGAAAAGAUUAUAAUUGAUUCAUUACAUAAAUGUCAUGGGAAUUGAAGUUCAGAUUACUUUGGCUAAAAAUCUGAUUGAGUGGUGACUUUACCCAGCACGGGUGUAAACAUGCCUCUCCAGUGUCUCCUGCUAGGGCCUGGCCUGUCGUAGAGGAGAGCUGCACUGUUGGUGCAAUGUAAGUACUUUUCCUCAUUAGAACUUCAACUCACCUCUUUCGUAUUUAUCAUCUUGGCACAUCUAUUAUCUUUGUGCAGAUACUCAUCCCUCAGUUAAACGAAGGUAACGUAGUUUCUCAUGAUUUUCAGAAUUAUCCAGUGACUCCUGAAAACUGGCAGAUAUGCAUCAACAACCUUAGUCUAUAUUAAGUAGUCUUGAGGAAUCUACAAAACUGACCUGUAUGGUCUUUUACAGCAAACGCUGUGUCCAAAAAGUACCAGGUGACUCCUGAAAUAUCAAGUAAGUUGGUCAGUAUUACUGUUCAGAUGAGGGUUUGUGCGUCUAAAACUUAAUGUGCCAUGUAAUUCCAGUGAAUAGUAGUUAUCACAGUUUCUUUCUGUAGAGGAAGCAGGGAACUUGCACACCUACCAGAAAUCACUCAUUUCCUUCGUAUCAUUUUUGGUCUGCAUCACCUAUCUGUUGUCUCUCUACUCCUGGGUUCUAGUCGCUAGGUGAUUUAUGGUUAAUACCUAGAAUCCAAUAAACGUGUUUAACAAUAGAUUUUAAGAAGUUUUUGUCUUUACAUGAAAAUUAUAGAUUGUGCUUUUGAAGCAUGGUCAGGCCACAGAACUGGUUUUUUGGCAUCUGCUAUAGCUGUCUUUUGGGUUUUUUAGGUAUUUUCAGCUGCUAAAAGAUAGUAGAAUUCUUCGCGGGAUUUUCUCAUAGAGAUUUGUGAUGCUGAAAAACAGCUUUUGAAACAAUCACAGCGGGUUCAUUGCUGGAGAACAGGGGCAGGUUUCUUCUGCUUUCUACAGGCCAGGAUCCCAUUUGGGUCAUUCUGUAAGUUUGUUUAUGCCUUUUUUAAUAACAAGGGCUGCGUGGUGCUUAGUUGCUAGCUAGGGUUAAACCACGACAGUGUUGCAUGAUUUGGAUCUAUUUCAGGAAUUUUGUCACUUAUUCAUUUUGAGAGGUAAAUACUUUGGGUAAAUGUUUUUAUGCAGUAAUACAAAGUUCAUGGGACUUAGAUGAUUACAGGAGAAACAUACGACUUGCAACAAGAGCUGAAGUUGCAAGGAGUAGUUUGGGGGAAAGACUGGUAUGGACUUAGAGGUGUGCAUCUGUGCAUAUAUAGCUAAGAAAAAAUGUACGUGUUACCCAAGUUGAAGUGACUAUUUGCAAAGAUGUGUUUUUACAUGGCCUUGGGUUUUUUUUAAUGUAGGGAAUUUUGUUAAGGAAUCUAUCACUCAUCUGAAUGUGAGCACUGAAAAAAAAAAAAAAAAGAGGAGAAUGUAGGGAGCAAGGCUUUAGUAGUUUUUUAUAGGAAGAGCAACAUGAAGAUACGAUUCUUGUGGUCCGAGCUAGUUCUGUUUGUCUGCAGUCCUCACAGCUCUUACUUUUUCAUACAUGCUUCCCCCAAUCUGCUUGUUACUUCUUUUCUUUUCCUCCCUACCUAGCAUCAUGUCACUGUUGCUGUGGCAUUCCCUGGAACUUUCCUCCAAAUUGUGAUAUAUUAAGGAUUUUUAAAAAUUUAUUUAUUUUUACCUCUUUGUCAUACGCUGAAUAAAAUAUCCUCAUCCCCGUUCAUUCACAUCAGACUUUAAAGGCAACUACCACUGGGCUGUCUAAGUGCUAGUGAGCAAAAUUUAAAUUUAGCUGUCUAUGGAUGUGGGAAAAACUAGCCGUUUUGGAGCUUGUACUUCCAUAAUCUGUUUGCAAUCUGUUUGUUACCCUGAAGAGAAAAAUCAGUAAGAGGUUUUCUGUUGACUUUGUUAGUAGGUCAGGCUUUGUGCAGGCUUAUCUAAGUUAAGUUUAAAUAUAAAUUUAAAUAUUUCUCUCUCACCAUGAUGCACCAGAUAUGCGCUCAAUUUGUUAUUUGUGCAUUGCUCAGUGUGUUAGUUGUACAUAAGUGUUGUUUUCUAAAUAAACUGCAUCAUUGGAAGUGAACCUCAAAAGAAUUUGUAACUUUUCAGUGUUGCUGUAUGAAGGUAUUUCAGCUGUCUGGAGACUCAAACAUCACACUGAGCACAUGGACUCAUUUUGAGAAGUGCAGCAUUACUUCAUAAUUCAGUGCCCAUGUGUAUUAACCUUGUUGAAUAUCUUGUAAAAUUUUCUUUCUUUUCUGCUUUGCUCAAUUUCAUUAUUAUUAUUGGUUUUCUUUCUGAAGUGAAUGUUAAUGUUGUUCCUUCAAAGAUCAUAAAUUAAAUGUAAGGAGCCAGGCCAAGCAGAAGCUCAGUUUUUAAUGAACUUUUUCACUCAUUUCUGUCAUUGCUUCUCUUUCCUGACAGACAGUAAUUUAAAACUAUAUGGUUACAGUCCCCUUCUCUGUAGCAAUUAUCAUUGUAUCUUGAAAGUUUUGUGCAUUAGAUCCCUUUCCUUCUUUCUCAUAUCUCCUAGACGUAGAGUGGUUCUAAACUACCUCAGACCUUGUUGUGAACAGGUAUGCGUUUCAGCUAAAGUUUUCAGAGUUUAUCAUAGUCUUCAAAUGUUCUUUAAGUGCAUGUAUAUGUAGCAAAAUCAGCCUGCCCAGACCCUGAUUGCAUUUUCAGGAAUACUGUCUCGAGUGAGAUGCAUAACUGGGGUGAAUUCACAGCCACACCCAUUCAGGCUUAUACUGAUACCUCUUUCAAGAAAAGCUUUUCAGGAGCACAACUUCUGAUAUGGCAAGUACUUCAACUUUCUGAUCUCAGCUCUUUGAAGGAAUGUGGUAUUGCCUGCGCUGGACUAUUUUCACCUCUCUUCUACUGUGACAACCAUCAUAACAGUUGUAUCGUCAGACCUCCAUUCCUGGCUGUUAGCAGGAGCUAUGCUAUUGCAUUGAAGUGUGCUCAUCAUAUGAGAAUAAACCCCACAUGGCAUGUUCUGAUGAUGUUGGUAACAUUUUAUACCACAAUGGAUACACGUUGCCAACCAUUUCGGCUAAUUAGGUUUCAGGUAACAUGAUGGUUGCAGAUUGUGAUGCAGUGAUCCAAUCAAUAAUUUGGGGAAUUGUCUGGUUUUGUAAGUUAUCCAUUGAACAAGCUGGCAAACCUUGUUAGUACUGAUUUCCUUUUCACCAGCAGAUGUGCAUAUCAUCAAACAAGCAUUUUGUAAUGUGGAAUUUUCUAUGAGCAUCUAAAAGCAGCAGCAUCACAAUUAUAUCCUUAGUAACAAUGUGUGUAUUUGUAAUGAAAGUUAUAGAAUUAUUAAACGGCUAUAAGCUAUUCUGUGCAUGCUCUAGCACUGUAUUAACAGUUUGUAUUAACAGCUGAUAAGCAAAGAGUUCUGGAGAGCAAGGAAGGCUGGCUCUGGAUUUCUUUUUUAAGAGUUUCAAAGAGCAGCAAAACUCACCAGAGUGGAUGGAGGACCAGACAAUGCUCAAAGCAAAUGAUAAAGUGAAACUGUUGUGCUUUGUAUUUAUUUCUUUGGGGAUUUUUCUUUAAAGUAUUUAACUUCACAGGAAAAUACAGAAUAUAUUAAAAUUAGAAAUGCACCUUUUCAAGAAUGAGAGGGGUGUGAUUUGAGAAAUAAAGUGAUCUUUUGUGUUUAA